UCACGUGUCUGGCUGAUGCGUCCUCUUGAGAACUGGGUAUAUAAAGACCCAGGACUGCAAGGGAAAGCCAACCAAGGGGUCACAUCUGUGGGAAAAAUGGUGACAGAAAUUUUUGCGCUCACCUUUUUCUUAACAGUUGGGAAUUUAGCCCAUUGUCAGGACUGGGAGAAUCUUCUCUUCGUCAAGAUGGAAGAAGUACUAGAGAAGCAAGAAGCAAGCUUGAGCCAGCUGAAGGAAAUGCAGGAGAAACAGGAACACGUUGAAGGCAAACUUCAAGAACUUCGCUUCGAGAUGGAACACCUGAAAGGGAUCCAUCAGGAAACCAAAGACUGCCUUGGAAGGGAGGACUUGGAACACUUCAAAAACAUAUCAUUAGCAGGACAACGAGAACUGGAAUCUUUCCUUCACCAGGAAAUAUCUGGAGUCAUCUCUUUGUUAGAGACUGAUGAGUGCUCCGAGGGAAGUCACAACUGCGGUGAUUAUGAAGCUUGCACCGACAAGCUUGUCGGCUUCACUUGUUACUGUACAGAAGGCUUUUCACGGAAUGGGUCGCACUGCGAAGACAUCGACGAGUGCGCCCAAGGGAAGGCCGAGUGCAGCCCCCAGGCAACAUGCAGGAACUCCGUGGGGAGUUACAGCUGCUCUUGCAACCCACCUUUCGAGGGAGAUGGACGAACCUGUGAGUUUUCGUGCGAACCCUCGGGCAAGGUCUACGAGGGUCUGGGAUGCAUCAAGGCUGUGUAUGAAUCCCUGACCUGGCACCAGAUGAACGCCACCUGCCAGGAGGCUGGGUGGCGUUUCGUGCAGGACAUCAAAAUACGGAAUGAAAAGGAUGUUGAUCGCGCUUUUCCUUAUGGUGGUUGGGUAGGAGUGUACGAAGGGAAAUGGCUGGAGAGCGGACUCCCUCUACAAGAGGAUCUCUGGGAGGAAGGUCAUCGCCCAACAGACCCUGCAAGGCGUUGUGGCUAUAUUAUGUGGAAUUUUUCUUCUCCUCAUUUGUACACUGUGAAUCAAUAUAAGUGCUCGGAUACGGCCUUGGGUUACUGUCAAUAUGUAUUGUAAUCACCAGAAUUCAACAUUAGGCUGAUCUGUGUGAGGCAGAAUAACCCUGAAUAAUCCUUCAAAUGUUGACAAAAAAUGACCGAUUUCGUUUCUAGUGAAUAAUGUCUGUAGGACUCUUUCUUCCUUCCUUCCUUCCUUCCUUCUAUCCUUUCCAUCCCUUCAGAUAAUGGUAUUGCUUUGCUGAGGAUGAAAUCUAUGCUGUUAUUAGAUAACUAUAUGUUAUAAUAUUCAUUCAUUUGGAUUUUGCUUACAGUGUUUUUGCUUGACUUACUCUGAUGCACUUCAUUGAUGUUGUUCUAUGUAAACCUCUGAGGAUAUACAAUACUUUUGUGCUAUGCAAAUGUUAUUUCAUAGAGAUUAAUAUAACCUUUUAAUAUACACUCUGUGUUUAUAGGAUAUAUCUGACAUAACACAGAUUUGUUACUCUCCAUGUGACACUUCAACAAUAAAUGCAUGUUAUUUAA